AUGUCUGAAGAGGAUAAAGUGAAUAAUGUGCCUGUAAUUUUACACUCAAUUUCAAGCCAGCAUGCAAUUCCAGAGGAAAUGUACAUGAUUCCUUCAAACUGGAAGAGAUACCAGCUUUCACAGUUGAUCAAUAGUUUGUUAGAGAACAGCAAAGCUAUUCCAUUCGAUUUCUUUGUUGGUGAGGAUGGUACAGGUGGUAAAUUAAGCUCUGUAUUGAGUGAAAUAAGUAAUGGUGAAGAAACUUUACAUUUAUCUUACAUACCUUCUAUACUACCACCUAAGCACCUCUCUACCUAUUUACAUGACGAUUGGAUUUCUAGUGUAUCAAUAAGAAGCCACAGUGAUGCUAAAUUUCUCACUGGAAGCUACGACGGUUUAGCUAGCAUAUGGAACAGUCGGAACGAAAAGAUCUACGAGUUGGCUGGACACAACGGACCAGUCUUGGAUUUAUCCUGGGUUGGUGAUAAGGCUGUAACAGCUGGACAAGAUUCAACACUCAAGUUGUGGGAUAUACCAGAAUCAGGAAAGCCAAGUCAGUUGUUGGCAUACACAGGCCACAAAAAUGCAGUAUCGUCAGUUAGAUCCGCUAAGCCAUUGACUGAGGGCGAACCAUGGACAGUUUUGUCUGCAGAUUGGGAUGGUUUGGUUUGUCUCUGGGACACCCACAUUCCAUCAUCCCACGAAGUUGAGAUUGAAGAUGAAGAACCAUCAACAAAGAAGCGUAAGAAGACCAAGACGGUUGACGUAUUACGCAAGGCACCUCUUCAUCAAUUGCGAGGACACACUGGGAGUGUAAACGGUGUAGCAUUUAGCAAAUCUGAUCCUACAGUUGGAUACACAGGUGGUGCAGAUCAUAGCCUCAAGAGUUGGGAUUUGGGUGUUGGGUUAGAGAAUGACACGCGGGUUGGUAGCAGCGUCAUCCGCUGUUUGGACAGUCUUGUCGCACCAUCGACAAUUGUGAGUGGACAUGUCGAUCGUAGUAUUGCUUUAUGGGAUAUGCGUGCAAGCAGCAACAUUUCACAAAAGUUACUCGGACACACAAGUAUCGUAGAGGCUAUACACGCUCAUCCAACAUCUCCUAACCACUUCGCAAGCGCUGGUAUGGAUGGUAACAUUAAAUUAUGGGAUAUACGUUCACCAAAGCAAUCAUUAUUCACGGUUGUUAGAAAACCCUCCAACGGAAAGAAGGAAAAUGAAAAGAAAAUACUCGGUUUAGCCUGGGAUUCUCAAAUACUCGCUAGUGGUGGUGAAGAUUGCGCUUUACAACUUCAUGAAGCGAGUGCAUAG